AAACUCUUUUAAAAUCGAAAAAUAAUGUAUAACUAUUUUUUUAACACCACUUAUAACUACUUAAGUUUACAAUUGUACCCAAUUUAUAAAGGAAAUAAACCUUCUAAUUAAUAGAUUUUGGGGUAAAUUGUAAAUAUAACUUUAAACUCUUUUAAAAUCAAAAAAUAACGUACAUCUACUUUUUUUUUGAACACCCACUUAUAACCAUUUAUGUUUACAAUCGUACCCAAUUUAUAAAGGAAAUAAGCUUUUUUGUUAAUAGAUUUUGGGAUAAAUUGCAAAUGCAACCCUAAACUCUUUUAAAAUCAGAAACUAAACCUGUAACUAUCAAAACUUCACAAUUACACCCAGUUUUAUAAAGGUGUAAGCUUUGAUGAGUUUGUGUAACAUUAACACUGAUGAAGAAGCACUACAAACAAAUUCUCUCCCAACUGGAGAACUGCAGAACAAUAACGGAACUAAACCAACUCCACGCCCUCAUGAUUAAAUCCUCUGUCAUCAAAAACAUCAUCCCCUUAAGCCGUCUCAUAGACUUCUGCACCACCUCCCCGGAGACCACGAACCUCACCUACGCGUCCUCAGUUUUCGAAACCAUCGUUUCCCCGAGCGUCUACAUAUGGAACUCCAUGAUCAGAGGCUACUCAAACAGUCCCAAACAAGACAAAGCACUGACCUUUUACCGAGAAAUGGUUCGUAAAGGGUACUCUCCGGAUCACUUCACGUUUCCUUACGUCCUCAAAGCGUGUUCUGUGGUGAGGGAUGUUUGGUUUGGGAGAUGUGUUCAUGGGUUUGUUGUGAAGACAGGGUUUGUUGUGAACAUGUAUGUUUCCACUUGCUUGCUUCAUAUGUACAUGUGUUGUGGUGAAGUGGAGUGUGGUCUGAAGGCUUUUGAGGGUGUGCCGAAGUGGAACGUUGUGGGUUGGGGGAGUUUGGUGUCUGGGUUUGUGAGUAAUAAUCGGUUUAGGGAGGCUAUUGAGGUGUUUAGUGAGAUGGAGAGGUAUGGUGUGAAGGUGAAUGAGAUGAUAAUGGUGGAUCUUUUUGUUGCUUGUGGGAGAUGUAAAGAUGUUGAGAGAGGGAAAUGGUUUCAUGGGCUUGUUAAAGAGUUAGGCUUUGAUCCUUAUUUACAGUCGGGAGAUGGUUUUAAUGUGAUCUUGGCGACUAGUUUGGUUGAUAUGUAUGGGAAAUGCGGAGAUUUGAGAACCGCGAGGUAUCUGUUCGACGAAAUGCCUAAGAGAAGCUUGGUUUCUUGGAAUUCUAUUAUUACAGGGUAUAGUCAGAGCGGUGAUGGAGAGGAGGCGAUGCGUUUGUUUUCGGAUAUGAUUGGUUUGGGUUUCUCUCCUGAUAAGGUUACGUUUUUGAGUGUCAUAAGAGCUUCCAUGGUUCAAGGAUCGGGACGAAUGCUUCACGGUUUUGUAUUGAAAACUGGGUUUGUGAAGGAUGCUGCUGUGGUUUGUGCGCUUGUGGAUAUGUACGCUAAAAGGGGUGAUGCAGAGAGCGGGAAGAGAGCGUUUGAAGAUCUGGAGAAGAAAGAUACGAUUGCUUGGACUGUGGUGAUCAUUGGGUUAGCGAGUCAUGGGCAUGGGAAGGAAGCGUUGAGUGUGUUCCAGAGGAUGCGAGAGGAAGGUAAUGCUAAACCUGAUGGAAUCACAUUUGUUGGGGUGUUGUAUGCGUGCAGCCAUGUGGGGUUGGUGGAGGAAGGGCGAAGAUACUUUAAGGAAAUGAGAGAUGUUUACGGCAUAGAGCCAACGGUUGAGCACUAUGGAUGUAUGGUUGAUAUCUUGAGCCGUGCUGGUUGUUUUGAAGAGGCAGAGAGAUUGGUGAAGACGAUGCCGGUACAGCCCAAUGCUAAUGUAUGGGGUGCGUUGUUGAAUGGCUGUGAGAUUCAUGAGAACUUCGAUCUGGCUGAUCGAAUAAGAUCUGUGGUGAGUGAAUCAGAAGAACUCGGUAGUGGAAUCUAUGUUCUGCUUUCUAAUAUCUACGCUAGAGCUGGACGGUGGAGUGAUGUGAAGCUAGUUAGAGAAUCAAUGAAUAGCAGAAGAAUAGCUAAAGUUUUAGGUCAUAGUUCUGUUGAAACAACGUUCUAAAUUCUCAUGGUCAUGCUUUUAUUCUUUCUAUUUAGAAAAGUUCUAAUAGAUCAAUAGUACUUUUAACAGAAUCUUUUCCAGGAAAAACGAAAUUCAAAAACUCUUAGAAGCUU